AUGUCAUCUUCAGGCUAUGUGGCUGUUCCUCGAUGCUCGGUGAUCUUUGAUGGCACCAACUAUGCCGAGUUUGUAGGCUUCAUGCGCAUCCAUAUGCGUGGUCUUCUUCUGUGGGGUGUUCUUUCUGGCGAGGUCCCCUGUCCGCCAUGCCCCGUUGCACCCGUGGCCCCAAUCCCACCUGUGCCGCCGGUCCUUGCUGCUGAUGCUUCUCAGGCUGACCGGGAUGAUGCCAAGGCUCUGGAUGAUGCUGCGGUUGAUGCUUAUGAUCAGCAGUACCCUGGAUCCUACCCAGGUGGUCCGAUGAACAACCGUCCUUUUGGGAAUCCUCACAACCUCGUUAAAGUUCCAAGUGCAAAUGUCAAUUCUAUCGCAUAUAGUCCCCGUAGCAAUGGCGGUGGCCAAACACAAACAGAAGGACCUCCUGGAGCCAAUCUAUUUAUCUACCAUAUCCCACAAGAAUUUGGGAAACAAGAACUCUCCGAAGCCUUCCAGAGGUUCGAUAGAGUAAUAAGUGCCAAGGUGUUUGUUGACAAGGCAACAGGUUCCAGCAAAUGGUUCGGUAAUAAAAUCUUCCACUCAUGUGACAACCCUUUCUCUGCGCUGUCAACCAUCGCCAUGAUGAAUGGUUUCCAGCUAGGUGGCAAGAAACUCAAAGUACAAUUCAAGAGAGACAACAACAAGAAAAAUAAACCUUUUUGA